AUGAUAAGUAUUCCUCGUUAUUCUCUAAAUGUCCGGAACUUCCUUUUAGCGAUGUUAAUAAGCAAGGACUUUUGUUCUAAAACUGUAACUACUGGAGGAGUACCAGUACAGUUACUUGUACAGUUUUAUUCCCCAUAUUUCAGAAAACGUUAAUCUAUUAUUCUAAGGACUGUCCGUUCCACUUUCCCACGGAGAAAUUCUCAUUGUUAUUAAAAUGGCGCAGCGACGUUUUUAUAUGACCCUGGACCGUUGUAAUACUAAAACACUGUUGCAAGUUGUUUACCGCCAAAAUUGUGACGAAGGAGUAACACUAUUGUGCAUGGAAGUCCAUGCGAAGAAACACUUGUUGAACCGGCCAUAUAUCGAGACUGCUAUAUCGUGAAAAUGCUAAAUUACCUAAAUGCAGAAAUAACGAAUUCUUUGUCCGACUAUCAGCAUAAAAAUGACGAAGGUGGUCCAAUUACCUCCAUCAACCGAGUGCCGAGUGGCACACUUGGCAACUGUUCGUUCAAGGGGCAAAUAUUUGCCAAAACAUCAAUGAGCUCCGGCAUUUUGUGCACGUACACGCACAUCUUCAUCGCAACAUAUUCGUUCAGCGUUCGUAUUAAAAGUAGAUCACUAUUUUUACCUUCGGUAAUACUUUUUCGUAACCCUUUAUGUCUUCGAACAUAUGUGCUAAAACGUCGCUGUCUGCAUCUCACCAAACGUACUAAAAAUAGGCGACUAUUUGCUUUUACAAUUUUUACUUCGCAAGGUUAUCUUGUUAUGAAUAUGUGUAUAAGGAAAUAUCAACGUUACAUUGAGACUUUACGUUUACACAUAAUGCCACAUAUUUUCAAGUGCACCACGGCACUUUUUUCGGCAGAAACACUGAAACUACUUGUUGAUUCACAGGUGUCAUCCAGGCGAGAAAACAACAGGAGAAAGAAUAUAGAGAGCACGUACAUACCUUGA